UCUCUCUUGUGAUUCUGGCCCUUUUUGCAUCUAAAUGUAUAUAAAUAGAGAGCAGUAGGAAUGUACAUUUGAAAAGGAGAAACAUGAGUGAGCAAGAAAUAUUAUUCAGUACAACUUCUGUCGCCCCAAAUUUUAGUGGUUGUGAGCCAUAUGUUGUCUUACCUGAGAACUUUGAUACGUUUUCCAAUAUUCUCAGCAUACUAUCUGACGAUGGUGAGCUUCGAACUCAUCCGCCCACCACCACAACCACGUCCACGUCUAAUAAGGUUGACGUGCCGACGGUCCAAACGGGAGAAUCAUCCUUUAGUCAUAAAGAGACUAUUAUUAUUAAUGAAUCUAGUCAUCAUCAUCCCAAAAUUCAAGAAGGACGAAUUGAGGAUGAAGGAUCAAAGAAGAGACGGGUUAAGAAAAGAUGUUCUAAACAUCAUGCAUCGUCCGAGAGGAAGCGCAGGGAUCGCCUCAAAGAAAAAUUAAGCACACUCAAAGAAUUGCUGCUUGACACUAAGUCUAAGUUUGAUCAAGCUGCUCUUCUGGACGAGGCCGCUUCACGUAUCAGAUCUCUACAUUCUCAGUUACAGGCGUUAUCGUCGUCCAUGGGAAGGAUGCAUAUGCCGAUUGCUGGAUACCAAGGCCUUUCGAGAACAAGUGAAUCUGGUUUUGUGGGGCACGGUAUUGGCAUUGAGCCUGGAAUGCGAUUCCAGGUCCCGUAUAUACCCUUUCAGUUGCAUCAGAUGGCUGCACCAUUUGCAACCUGUGUUGUUCCUUCCCUGCUGAUUCCUAGGCUUGAUUCCACAUUGAUCAGUAAUCCGAUUUCAGGAGAGCCUACCACCUACCAAACACUACUUUCAUCAACUUUCCUGAAUCCCCAUCCAGGGAUAACUCAGCACGGGGUUUGGGAGCCGAGCACAAAUGGAACACUUCUGAGGCCGACGUUGGGAAGCCUGACAGAUAACGGUGCUGGUCGUGGACUAGGAGGGGCAGGCACACUGUUCUCCGGUGGAGUCUCCAAGUUUCCAGGCUGCCCAGCGACGAUGCCGUUAUCAGGAACAAAUUUGUCUCCCACAUAUGGAUGAAGAGUUGUGUCCAUUAUCACCACCUCUACUUCUGCUUCUGUAAUAGCAUCUGCAUUGCCAAGCCUUUCCAUUUCAACUCAUCCCAAUCAAGAAGAAUCAGCCUUUCAUUUUGUAUCAACCAUUCUUUAUCUCCGUGGAAAAGUAAAAAAUGCACAUUGUGGGAAUGAAAGCCGCCUUUUUUUCAGUAAAUUGGUUAUAAAUACAUUAUGAAUUCCAAUCGUUUUGCCUACAACACACCAACAACUACUAUUAAAACAAAUUAAUACCCACACAUUGCUAUGACACAAAUCCAUUAUUUUUUAGGCUUUACCAACUAAGUUUAGACU